AUGUGGGCAAACUUGUCUUCAUGGAUGCCAAGGAGAGAGGUGGCUCCUCAAUCAGCAGGAGAAAAUAGUAGGUUUCCUGGACGUGGAAGGACAUUAGGUGCAACCCAAACAGAAACAGUCUCCAGUAAUGCUUCUCCUGACUCAACCCUACAAACAAGACUCUUAGAAAGUGGCAAUAGCCCUGUUCAUCCUUCAACUCAGGAAGCAAUUGCAAGAAAUGAUAGAAGGCAGGGAGGGAUAAAUACAGAUGCCACAGCAGCAGUAAGUGUUGUAUCGGAUGAAGAUAUCCAAAAGGUUGUGGUAAUGGGUUUUGAUAAGAUAUCUGAGGAAAGCACUGGUCCUCCACCAACAGAUGAAAUGAGUAUAGAAGAGGAGAGUACUUGGAUUCUUCAUCAACUUCAAACGGGUGUGGUAUUGUUUGGCCGAGGAGGCGAUAGAACAACCGAAGAAGGGCAUGGCCUGGUAAUAGUUAAGGAUGACAUCAUGCGGUUUUUAGAAUUUAUGCAUGUCCAGAAAUUAGAUGUACCAUUUAUUACUAUGUAUAGGAAAGAGGAGUGCAUGAGCAUUUUUAAGGAUCCAGAGGCUCAAGAUGACAAGGAAAGUGAAAAAAAAUCUGAGAAAAAACCCACACUGAGGUGGCGCUAG